UAGAGAUUUUCAUGAAUAUUUCGAGUGCAAUUACUCAUAAAUCGGAUUGUUUUUCUCAAUGCAGGGGAUGGAAGGCUUUGGUCGAAGAGAUUGGCCACAACACAAAGGAUGUUGCUGAUUCUUAUGUGGAUCUCCGCAAAGUCGGAAUCAUAGAUCGUGCCAGUGGACCGACAUCGCCGGUGAAGAACCGGAGUAUCCCUCAGCACCAGGCCCCUGUGAAGAUCAACAGCUCGGGUGAAGUUGCAGCGGGAAAGAAAUUUGGAGCCUGCAAGAGGAUAUUACGAGAGCAUUGUCAACAAGCAGAAACAGCCAAGAGGCAGCGAAUAGUGCUGGCUUUACCUGCCUUCCCAAAGCAGGCAGCAAGUCAUAACGGUCCGGGUCGGCGCGGAAGAAUCGAGAAAACUCUGAGCCGGAUGGCGAAGUCACGGAGCCGGAUCUCAUCGCUUUGAAGUUGAUCGAUUCGUCAUUCGCGAAAAUCGGUGUUUGUCACCUGUG